AUGGGAGCCGAACAGCAAGCUGUGCUGUUUCACAGUGACACAAGGUGGCUGUCACAAGGAAAAGUCUUGUCCCGAGUUUUUGAGCUCAGAGAGCAGAUAAGAAUGUUUUUGGAGCACGAGCACAAGUACGAAGUCGCAGAAAAUUUUAGUGAUGAGAGCUUCCUGGCAAAACUGGCCUACCUGAGUGAUAUAUUUGGAAAGCUAAAUGAAAUAAAUCUACAGCUUCAAGGGAAAGAUAAAAACCUCCCUCAAGUCACAGACAAGAUCAGUUCUUUCACUCGAAAACUUGCAAUGUGGGGCAGGCGACUCGAUGAAGAAAACACAGAUUCAUUCGAGAACCUGCAUGAAUUUGUUGACACUACUGACUAUGAUGCCACCUCAGUGACUCCAUAUAUCAAGCAGCAUAUUUCAUCAUUGAUGGGAUACUUCAAAAAAUACUUCCAUGAAAACAGUUCCCAGUAUGACUGGGCUGUGAACAACAGCAAGUGUGAGUCUGCUCCAUUUGUACCAGGCCACAACCUGAUUGGGGAGGGAUUUGAUGUCAUCACCCUGCGCCGAAAAGGAGCCUACAUGAUUGAUGUAGCUACUUACCGCAAACCAGAUGGCACAUGUACUCUCUGCACUAACCGCCAUCAAAACAAAACUCUACAAAAACUGCCGGCCUCUGUUCUGGACUGGCGUGCAAUCAGCCGAUGCAAUGCCGAUAUCUUCAGCAGUGCACACACCACUGUUAGUUCCCUACUUAACACUUAUACCGCCCAGGACAUCAACGACUGGAAGGUUGGACUAAGUAUAAAUAAGCUUGUAUCUACCACUGUGGGGAUGGGAGGAACACACUCCACGGCAUAUGCAUUUGCUACAAAAAGGACCAGAGAGGACCACUACUCCUUCAGCACACACACGGUCACCUGUAGCCAUUAUCGUUACCGGGUAUCAAGCACACCUAUUCUUAGCUCUGAGUUCAGCAGGGAUGUGGCCAGUUUGCCAAGUCACUAUAACUCCUCCACCAGAGCUCAGUACAACGAGGUCAUAGAUACCUACGGCACACAUUACAUUCGCCAGGUUCAUCUUGGGGGCCGUCUUAGGCGAGUCACAGCUGUACGAACUUGUUUGUCCAGACUGAAUGGAUUCUCCUCAGAUGGGUUCCACUCCUGCCUGUCGAUGGGUGUCUCCAUUGGCUUGGGAAAGCUUAAUCCAUCUUCUGUUGCGCAAUCUUGCAAAAACAUGCUGGGAAACCAUGACGUUGCCACUAAGUACAGCUCUGGUCUCCACCAACACUACACGGAUGUGGUAGGAGGUAAUGGGUGGUUGGGAGAGUUUUCACUUGCAUAUGAUGAUUCCCUGGGUUUUAAAAACUGGCUGAACAGCCUGAAGGAUCAUCCAGAUGUUGCUUCCUACUUCCUUCGCCCAAUGUAUCAGCUGAUACCGAAAGGCACAAAGAAGGCAGGGAUGAAGGCUGCCAUAGAGCAGUACAUAACGGACAACACUGUGCGUACAUCACACAGUGAACAUAAUUGUUGGCGGGGCAAUCCUAACCUAGAUUCCAACUGCUGUCCUCGAAACGCCUGGAGGGGGAAGCUAACUGUGGAAAUCACCCGAGCCUGGAAUCUGAAAGGAGAUCAUCUUGGCCCAACUGACAGCUAUGCCAAGGUGAAGUUUGGUUCCAUCAUUAAGCAGACUCAUAUGAUUGAAUCAAAUAAUCCCCAGUGGAAUGCUUAUUUUAAUCUUGGACAGGUGGACACACACACUGAUGUGUAUGUUGAAGUAUGGGACGAGGAUCUCAUCUAUGAUGAUCGUCUGGGAUCAUGUUACACGAGACCAACUCAGGGGACAUAUAUAUUUACCUGUUCAGCUGACAGUGGCGGUUAUGAGUUCAAGACCACUCUGACCUGUGACUCCCAUCUCACAGGAGACCGGUGUCACCAAUAUAAACCAUCUCCAUAAUGAGAAAUGCAUUUUGGGGCUGCAUGUCUUUCUUCUAUAAUCAAGUGUGGUAAAUCUGUUGAUCACAUAAGAGUUACAUGAUUGAUGAGUUUUCCCUUUUAUUUUCCUCAUAUCAAGACAUAUAUCCAUUUUUUAAAUUUGAUCUUCUUUUUGUUUGUUGUCAGUCACUUAUUUUUGAUAUAUACAUAUAUAGUUUUAGGUUUUUUUUAGAUUAUACUUAAUUUCAGUUGAACUAAAAUUGUUUUAUACAUGUAACCAUUUUUGUUUGCUUUCUCAAACAAAUGAAAAAGCUUGGUGAUGGUGUAAUUGAGGCGAAAGAAAAUUUCACAUUAUAAUAUUUGUUGAACAAGUAAUGAAUAUUAUACUUCAUGUCACAGUAUGGGCAGGCCAAACACACGUCCAUUUGUCUGGAUAUACAGAUUAACAAAAUUAGGAAUUUCUGGGGAAAUUAUUUUUAAAUUCUGCAUCUGGUUAUUUUAAACUUUUCAAUGAAGUUAUAUCCCCUCAAAUUUGUAAUAUGGUAUGCAACGAGCAGUUGUGGUGGUAAUGACUUACAAGAAAUACUCGGAUUACGUUUUUGCAUUUAGUAGCUUCUUGUGGCUGAAGGGGUUAAUACAGUGAGUGGGCCUGAUGUUUGAUUUGGCAGAUAUUUCCACCAGAUGCUUUUCCUGAUGCACCCUCUGAGGAGUUGUGUCUCCUCCUAUUCUCAAACUGUAAAAUAUUACACUAUGAACUCACUACUUUUUUUGUACAGAGUAACAUAGCUUAAUUCUUUUGCAUAUCAAGCAAAUGUUUUGAUAAUGUUUUAUAUUUUUUUAAACAUUUCCAUAAACUAAAAAUAAAUAAAUAAAAGAUACAUGUACUGUUGCUGUUUUACUCUAAUUUGCAGAUGG